AAUAAGCGACAGCACUCGAUUCAAGGUCAGUGGUGCAGAUAAAUCACUCUGAAAUGGGGGUGCUGUCUGCGCUGGCGCGGGGGUUUGUGAGAGGAGCGGACCGAAUGGCGGAGUGGACUAGUAAACGUGGACCCAGGACAUUCUACAAGAGCCGUGGAGCAAGACCCACUGGGAUAGUCACCUCCAGCAGAAAGUUCAUACCUAUUCGAGCCAUGAUCCCAGAGUUUGUGGUACCCAAUCUGGAAGGAUUUAACCUAAAAGCCUAUGUGUCCUACAAAACUCCAGCAGGGACGGAGGAGCCCAUGACCCCAGAGAAGCUCUUCAAUGAAGUGGUGGCCCCGCAGAUCCAGAGGGACAUUGAGGAAGGAGUUUUCAGUGAGGACAAUCUGGAGAAAUACGGACUGGAGAAAACUCAAGAGGGGAAGCUCUUCAAACUGCACCCCAAGAACUUUGCGCGUUAAGUGAACUUGAUUUGUCUUGGACUGUAAAUAAGUGUGUGAUGUUUUAAAGAACAGAAGACAUCACAGAGUAAACAUUAUUUUGUAAAUCUCCCAGUCAGUAAAUAAUUAAAAUAUGCUGGAAUGGAAAA